UACUGCUACAUAGGUGUAACUGCAGCCUAGUCUACUGUCUGAACUCCGUUUUCCCUUUAAUCCAGGCGAAGAUGGCGGUCAAUGAGACAGCUGCACAGCUCUCCAUGGCCCUGAAGGUUCAAGAAUAUCCGACUUUAAAGGUACCAUAUGAGACUUUGAAUAAGCGUUUCCGAGCAGCCCAGAAAAAUAUUGAUCGGGAGACCAGCCACGUGACCAUGGUGGUAGCUGAACUGGAGAAAACCCUCAGCAACUUUCCUGUCGUUGACUCUGUGGUAUCACUCCUCGAUGGCGUGGUGGAGAAGUUGAGUGCUCUCAAACGGAAGGCUGCUGAGUCCAUCCAAGCAGAGGAUGAGAGUGCUAAACUGUGUAAACGGCGGAUUGAGCACCUGAAGGAGCACAGCAGUGACCAGUCAGCUGGAGUUAACGUGUGGAAGAAAAAGCGUAUGGACCGCAUGAUGGUAGAGCACCUUUUACGCUGUGGCUACUACAACACAGCUGUGAAGCUUGCACGGCAAAGUGGUAUCGAGGAUUUGGUCAACAUUGAAAUGUUUCUCACAGCAAAGGAAGUUGAGGAGUCUCUGGAACGACAGGAAACAGGCACUUGUUUAGCAUGGUGCCAUGAUAACAAGUCACGGCUUCGCAAGAUGAAAAGCUGCUUGGAGUUCAGUUUGAGGAUUCAGGAGUUUAUCGAACUAAUCCGACAAAACAAACGCAUGGAUGCUGUCAGACAUGCACGGAAGCAUUUCAGCCAAGCUGAAGGUGGGCAGUUAGAUGAAGUACGGCAGGUGAUGGGCAUGCUUGCCUUUCCCUCCGACACACACAUUUCCCCCUAUAAGGAUCUUUUGGAUCCAGCUCGCUGGAAGAUGCUAAUCCAGCAGUUUAGAUAUGAUAACUACAGAUUACACCAGCUGGGCAACAACUCGGUGUUCACAAUCACACUUCAGGCUGGACUCUCUGCCAUCAAAACCCCCCAAUGCUAUAAGGAAGAUGGAUCCUCCAAAAACCCAGAUUGCCCAGUGUGCAGCAAGUCUCUAAACAAACUGGCUCAACCACUACCCAUGGCCCAUUGCGCAAACUCACGGCUAGUCUGUAAAAUUUCAGGCGAGGUCAUGAAUGAGAACAAUCCACCUAUGAUGCUGCCCAAUGGCUAUGUAUAUGGGUACAAUUCACUUCUAUCCAUUCGCCAAGAUGACAAGGUGGUUUGUCCCAGAACCAAAGAGGUCUUCAACUUCUCUCAAGCUGAAAAGGUGUAUAUUAUGUAGUGGGAUUUGUCUGGACAUAUGAAUCUUAGGAGCAUCUGAUGUAAUCCCAGUCAAGGGCUUCAAAAUGAAACCAUUCAGUUGUGACUGAAUCCAAGAAACUAUUUGCUCCCAUGCCAUGUUGCCCAGACUUAAUGGGGGUGGGAUAGGGUGGGUUUGUGGGUGUGCGUGUGUGUGUGUGUGUGUGUGCGUGUGUGCGCGUGUGUGCGUGUGUUUUGGGGGGGGCUUAAUGUUGGAAUGGACAGCAGUUUGGUUAAAAUACUUGCUCUUGAAUAAUCUUGCAUUCAUUUCCUAAGUGUGGUGUUGGAAACAGGGAUUCAAAUCAGAACACCAGAACUGUUAGACAGUUUUUAUUUAGUAGGAAAAUACUCAAUAAGGAACAGUGACACCACAAGAGUUAUUAUGAGGUGUACUAAAUGGACUGUUUGGUACCUUGUAUUCACCUCUGUGUGAGAUUUUUGGAGCAUAAAUCUGUUGGAUUUCUUAGUAUUUAAACAAAAAACAGUGUGACUACCAUUUGGGUUCUUGUGAUUUCCUUUGCCAUUCUUGUCAGACAGCACAAUCCUUAAAAACUGGCUUUGAAGAAGAACAAAACAGAACAUCUUAAUUGUGUCCCAGUUAUAUAAAACUGUCUUGGGAAGUUGCUUCUGCAGAAAUCUAUGUUAACAAUAGUAAGCUAGCUUUUGUGAAACAUGUACACCAUGCGUUGAACAUUCUUAUGUAAUCAAAUCUCAGGGUAGUCACAUUUUAUACUGAUUUUGAACAGUGAAAAAAAAAAACCUUCUCAUAGCUGACCCUGGGCGAAGGGUGUGUAUUUGGGGGAUAUUUGCCACAGGUUUCUAUAUUUAAACUAAUUAAAUUCGUACACAUUUAAGGUUUGGUUUCAAUUUAUUGCAGUGAUAUGCUCAAUACAUAUUCAUAUAGGGAAGGAAAGUAUUUUUUAUCGCCACCUAGGCCUACUGGUUGCAUUCCUGAGUUUAGCAGAGUGGAUGGUAUUUUGUUUUUAGAAACAAUAUGACUUGGUGCACAUUGGGAACUUAAUUGAAUGCCUUCCAUAUGCUAUGCACUAGGGUCACCUUUACUGCUUCAAGUGGUCAAACUUGAACUGAUCAAAACGGCAAUUUGCUUGACUGGCUUAACAUAUUUUUGUAAUAAGUUCCAAAUUGUUUAAUCUUUUUUUCAAUAUGAACUAUGUGUAGGCUAUGCUAUGUCUGACUCCGACAUUGUUCAAUUCAUCCCAUGUGUAUGUUUCAUUUUCUCUCAUGCUGUUCCAUUCGUUCUGAAAAAGAGGGAGAAUAAAACAUUACGCACAUCCCACUUUUGCAUAAAUAAUUCCUAAACGGUUGUGGUCAGGGCUGAAAAUAUAACUGUAUUUGACAGAGGACAGAGGUAGGUUGCUAAUGACAAAAUAUUAGCUUUCAGUGUGGUACGAUCUCUGUGUAAAUUACCUUUGAUUAAAACGUGUUUAAUCUGUUUCGGCUCUCCCCGCUAUUUGGGUCUUUGAACAUCAUCAUCGGAUAGCCUAGUCAUAUGGUUAGGCAUUCAGUGUGUUUGAAAUAAUUAAUUUGAUAAUAUUUCCCGUCUUUGCAGAGGAAAAGUUUUGUGUGAAGGAAAUUAAAGGCCUGUCUCGUAUAGACGUCUGUCUCAAAUAGGCUACUAGCCGGUGCAAUUUGUCGAUUUGGGAAAAUAAAAGCCCGGGCUAUUGCGGUAUUUGAAGUUUUACGGUAGGUCUAUGGGACUUAACAUUGGAGCUGCUCUUCGAUAGGAAUGCAACCACUUGGGGCGCUGGUUUUCACUUUCCCUCCCUAUAGUCUAAAGCCAAUGACACACAAGACAAUGUUGCAAUGUUACUGAGAAUUAUUGUUUGGGAAUCUUUUUUCUUUCUUUCCCGGGAGUACUUUAAUCAUCAGUGGGCUGAUUGUCAUGGUCAUCCAAUCAGAACACAUGAAACCGGUUAUGUUGCCCACAACGUUGCCCCAUGUGUCAUCACCUCAAGAAUCAUGGCAGUCCAAUGCUAGGGUUACUUUGGAGAUUUGUCUGUGUGUUCUGCUUAUAUAAGUAUGGGGACAUGAAGCAUUAACUGGAGAAAAAAAAACCUUUUUCUGAAUUCAUGAUUUAGAGAAACAGGACAUUUUCUUAAAGAUGUCAUAAACUCAUUGAAGCAACACAAUGCAGUUAUUUUACCUUAAAGUAACGGCUUUAAACUUAAUCUGCUACACUGAUUUAUAAUCCGAAGAAUUAAAUCUCUGACUUGUGCACCCGGAACUCUUGAUAAUGGACUGUGUAACAUUGUUGAUAGAGUAGGAUCAUGACCAUUUUAGCUGUUUUUGACUGACUGGGUACUGUCUUGGCAUAUAUAUCAACUUCCAUCGUGUUGCUUUAAUACUGAUAAAAGGGGGACUUUUUUCCUAUCUCAAUACCUUCUAUGUAAAAGCGUUGAUAAAACUGAUUUUAAAAAUCAAGACUGGCAAACUUUUUUUUCCCCCCAGGAUCUUUCACACAUCUCACACGACUUAGCAAGUCACAUUAGUAUGACACUUGGGUAAUUUUCAGAACAUGCCCAAGGUCUAAAAGUUUACCACUGAAAUGUAAAUAUUUGCAACAGUAGUAUGGUAAUAUCAAGCAUGUUUUUACUGUUAGGGUGUAAAAAGAAAUUAAUUUGCUAAUAAAGGUUUGUUAAAUAAAAUAA